AUGGAGGGCGGCAACAGAAGAAUAUGUCGAAGAAAUAUAGUUCUUGUUAUUACUUUUACAGUAUCACUAAUUAUUGGAUUUUUAGUUGCAGAUGCAUACGGAAUAAUAGAUUUAAAUAUAGAUAGAAAGAAAUAUAAAGAAAAAAAAAGAUAUAAAAAGUGGAGGAGUGCGUUUAAUGAAAAAGAAACGGAAGAAGAAGAAAAACUGGACAAGUUCUACAGUAAUUUAGGCAAUUGGAGCGUGUUUACAGGCCGUGGAUCCAGAAAUAGAAAUCAAUUUGACCACAAAUUAAUAUAUGAAGAAAAUUAUGAUAAUUUUCAAAUAACAGAACUAUCCAAUAAUAAUGAAACAAGUAUGCCUAACAUGCACAGAUCAAGUAGCUCAACACGUGAUGAUAUUAGUACUAUAUAUAAUAAUAUAUUCACGGACAGGGCAGAGUACAUAAAAUCUGCUGAGAGAAUAUAUACAAUCCCGUGUAAGUUUGAUAAGGAAUGGUGGAUAACAAAUAUAAUCAAGAAACACCAAGAAUUUAUUAAUUUAAAACAGUACAGGCUGAAAACACUUAUCGAUAAAGACCAGAAUACUACAAGAACCAAUGAGAGUGAAUUAAGACAAGAGUUCAAUUUAUAUUUUAAAAAUAUAAUGAAAAGUGAAUUUAUAAAAAAUUGUCUAGAAUUCCUUAAAAACUCAAUUAAUAUGUAUAAAAAAUCCAUUGAAAGCCUUAUUGAUGAGGUAUUAUCUAUUAAAUUUACUAAUGUAUAUUCAGAUGAUGAUUUAGACGACAUAUUAAAUAUAUUCAAAAGAAUAAAAUAUGUUCUACAUAUCCAUGAACCGUGCUAUAAUUUAUGUAAAGAGUGCAAUGGUAUUACAAUGGGAGAAUCUAUCGUAAGAACACGUAUUUUUUAUAAUGAGCACAUAAAGCUAUCUAAUAUCUAUAUGUCUAUGCAUCAUAAUAAGUAUAUGAGCUCAUCAGUUUAUAUGGCAAUAUUAUCAAUUUUAAGUAUGACUGAAGUAGUUUAUGAUUUUAACAAUGUAUUCACAAUUAGUGAUAUAGAAGAGAUAUUCAAGAGCCAGAAACUAUCAGAUGAGAAAAUAACAAACAUUCAAAUUAUCUCAAAUGUAAAAAAUGUAAGGAAUAUUUCCAUAACAAACAAAACCAUAAAAACAAUUAUUGUUCAAUUAUAUAAUCUUAUUAAAGGAAUAUCAAAUCAAGUGAAGAAUUUUGAAAACGAAGAAGAAGAUAUUUUAGAAGCAGAAAAGAUAGAUGCUUGCAUAAAAACAAUUGCUACAUCACUUAAUAUUUCUGAUUAUAUACUUAACCCCGGGGGCAAGCGUGUUUUUUCAUUAGAAAUUGAUGUAUUUAAUUGCUUAUAUGGUAUUUUAUGUGAAUUUUAUAAGAAUUGUAAGUGUAUUAUUAAGAAAGAAAGGGAGUAUGUUAAAGUAUUAGGGAAGAAUGUAAUUGUAAAAGAAGGGUUAAUUAAAUGCACAAUUCCAAAAACAAUUAAUAGUUUUGUACCACAGGAAUAUGAAAAAAUUAAUACAACAAUAGAACUUACUGGGCGCAAUUCCACUGAGUUUUUACAGAUCUAUUUUGUUGAUAAUGACGAACAAGUGCUAAAACCUGUUUUUAUACCUGUAGAUAAAAGCUUUAAUAGUGUAAAACAGAUUAAAUGGCAUAUUUCUAAGCUAUACAACAUAUACAUAGGCCAUAUUUAUAGGCUAAUUUAUGAUCAGUCUAAUUGUACUUGGUCAUUCUCUGAUAAAGAUGAGGAUAUAAUUGUACCAUUAGAUGUAGCUAGUAACAAUCAAAAUAUUUCUGUAUUUUAUUUUAUAAAUACUGAUUUAUAUAAAAAAUAUUUGGAUAUUAAUCUAUUAUUCUGUGUAUUUACACAUAAAUCGUAUAAUAAUAAGAAUGAUCACAUUAUUCCUAUUCCUCUGUUUUUAAACAGUUUAUAUGUAGAAGUAUUAGCUAAUUAUACUGAAAAUGAAUUAUUCUACGGUAUAAAAAAAAUCAAGAUGUAUAAUAUAUAUAAUAUGUAUAAGGUCUUGCCGCAUAUUAUUAAAAUAGAGUCAGAUGAUUUGUCCUCAAAUAUACUCACAGAUUCAUUGUUUAUUGACUUACACAGCCAGAAAAUAGAAAAUAUUUAUUCUGAAAUAACAAAUAGUUAUGCCCCUAGAAUGGGAAUUAUUGAAAACAAUGAAGUAUUAGAGUUUUAUACUGUUACACCUAAGUACAUGGGGUAUUUCAUAGUACAUUUCAAUUUACCGCUGAGUAAUUCUGUAAAAAAGUAUAACAUACCAGAAUUCAAUGAUUAUAUAACAAAAAGCGUUGUUCUAUCCACACCACACGACUAUUUAAUGUGGACUACUUCUAAUAACGCCAAUUACAUAGAAAACAUAACAAUAUUCCUUGACAAAACCAAUGCUGUGAUCAGUAAAAAGUUUUGCAAUGUCACAACCAGUAAAUUAAAAGAACAUAAAAUAGUGCCAAAGUAUGCAGUUCUUCAGAAAAGCAUUAGAAAUACGAUUAAUAACAGAAACAUACUUGGGAUUUUGCUUGAAGAUCUAUUAAUUCAGUACAAAGAAAAUAAGAGAGUAGAUACUUCUUUAACAGAUAUAUCUUAG